AUGGGGACUGAGGUUUUAAGGCCACAAGACUGUCUGAUUGAAAGAAUCAGAGUUCCUCCGUGUCAUCGGAGAAAUUAUUAUCAUGGAAACGGAAACGGAAACUUUUCUAACCCUAACUUUUAUAGCUCUAACAACUACAGCAACCCUAGGUUUAAUAGAAAACCAGCACAGGUUCGGUCGGAGAGAUCGGACCAGAGAAAGAAACAAUCAGAGCCGUCGAUUUCGAAGAAAUCAGGCUCUGUUGAUGAUUUCAAAAUUUCCAGAAACAACAACAACAAAGUGAUGGAGAAAGUGACGAUUUUACGACGGGGAGAGUCGCUAGAUUCGAAGAUCAAGAGCAGCGAGACUACAUCCUUGAGGAAGUAUCAAGGAAAUGGUGGUGAUUUUGUUGUUACUAGCACAGAGCAAUUGGGUCCGGACCCCAAAAUGGUUCCAAAACAUAUCAGGAUCGUGAAUUUGGGGUCUCCGGUGGCCGGUAAUUGUGAUAUGUACGCCGGAUCGGCUUUUUCAGUGUCUCCGGCGCCGAGUUCGCUUCCUCUGCCAUCGUUUUCGAAGAAGAAGCAAGUUUCGAUUGAUGACUCAGCCACAAGAGACCUCAGGCGUUUGCUUCGACUCGAUUUUUGA